UUAACCCAGAGUCUUAUUUCACAUGGCAAUGGUUACCACCUCAGUACUGCAAUAGGAACCUGCAGGUUACUUUUGACUCUUUCAUCCUGAAUUGCUAAACUAGCUGAGAAAGAAGGAGUACGUCUCCCCAUCUGCCACAAAAAGGGCUCCUUUUAGUAUGGCUCAAUGUUGAUAUUGCAUUUUUUAUGCAUUUUCCUAUUAUGGUAUUUCCCAAGUUGUGUGAGUAUUGUUGGUGUGGGCCCCCAUCCCCAAGAGCUAGUCUCAGGAAUUACCCUGGUGAUGAUCAUGGAGGUUUCCAGGACAACAAGCUACAUCUGCAGCAGCACAUCUCCGUGGAGUUUCUAAAGCUGCAUCAAUUUCUGCAUGGCAAAGAAAAGGACAUUUUAAAGGAGCUUCGGGAAGAGGGGAAAGUCUUGAAUGAGGAAAUGGAGCUGAAUCUGAACCAGCUUCAGGAACAGUAUCUCCUAGUCAAGGAGAUGUUGGUGAGCAUCCAGGCACGGAUGGACGAGCAGAACUCCUUCAACUUUCUCAAAGACAUCACACCUUUCUUAAAUAGCUUGGAGAAAGGAAUAAAAGUGCUGACACCCAGAGAGCUUAUCUCCAGAAACCUGAACUUGGGCCUGUACAAAGGUCCCAUCCAGUACAUGAUGUGGAGGGAAAUGCAUUCCAUUAUCUCUCCAGGCUUAUUUCCAUUAACUCUGGACCCUAAAACCGCGCACCCAAAUUUGGUGCUGUCCAAAACCCGAACCAGUGUGUGGCAUAGUGACAUUAAGCAGGUAAUGCCCGAUGAUCCAGAGAGGUUUGACUCAAGUGUGGCUGUGCUGGGCUCAAAAGGCUUCACAUCUGGAAAAUGGUACUGGGAAGUAGAAGUAGCAAAGAAGACAAAGUGGACAGUUGGCGUUGUCAGAGAAUCCAUCAUUCGGAAAGGCAGCUGUCCUCUAAUUCCUGAGCAAGGAUUCUGGCUUUUAAGACUAAGGAACCAAAAUGAUCUAAAAGCUCUGGAUUUGCCUUCUUGCAGUCUGAAGCUGACUAACGACCUUUGCAAGGUGGGCAUAUACUUAGAUUAUGAAGGAGGGCAGGUGUCCUUCUACAAUGCUGAAACCAUGACCCACAUUUACACCUUCUUUAGUAAUUUCACGGAGAAACUUUAUUCCUACUUCUGCCCUUGCCUUAAUGACGGUGGGGAGAAUAAAGAACCACUGCAUAUCGUGCAGCCACAGUAAUUAGUCAUACUAUUGUAUAAAUUCAGAGCAUUAUUAAAGAAGUAUUGAAAUAGUU